AUGGCCAUCACAAGACUAUGGUUCUUCACUCUCAAACCAGACAGAUCGGCCCACGACCCGGGCUUCCUGGCCCUGUGGACUGCCAUCCUGGAGCUCUGCGCCCUCUACACACCCAGCCCGAGGUCCUCGAGCGUCCAGGUCCAGGCGGCCCUGAGCCUGAGCACCCCACCUAAGCGCAGCCACCACUUCCUCUUCCAGUCCGUCCACGAUGAGAACCUGCUGGUGCUCAUCUCAACAUAUCCCUCCAUGGUCCUGUGCAGGCAGGCGGACGCCGCCUACGCCAAGCAGUACAAGGACGAGGUGCUCCGCCACGUCGUGCACCAGGCCCUGCGGCAAAUAGACAUCGAGGACACCGAGGUCGUGCCCGCGCUGCUGGAGUCGCGCAAGGGGAAGGUCGAGGUGAACGUGACCGUCUCGGCCCGGGACCCGCUGAAGCUGGAGAUGUCCGAGUCGAGGUCGAGCUUGGACGGGCGAGCGCCGGUCCCCGUGCCGCCGCCCACGCAGGAGAUCAGCGGGCCCAACGCGUCUGACGUGCCGAUCAUCCCUGGCGUGAGCUUCUCGGACGUGCUAGAGACGCAGAAGAGCGAGGGGAGGAGGUGGGUCAGUAUCUCGAGGGGCAGGUCGUUCCAGGAACAAGGGGACGAGGAGGUGUUCCGUCUGACGGAGCUGUUGGCUCGGUGA